GCCUUUAAUUAAGCUCUUUAAUCUUUAUAAUCAAUACUCUGAUUAAUAGCAACUCAGAGUGAGAGUGAGAGUGAGAGUGAGAGAGAUGCCAUUCAACUAGGUCACUCUCAAAUCCUAGUCCACAUGAUCUCCCUCUUCAUUUCCAUCUCUGAGAUUCUCUAUGCGAUUCAAUCACAAGAUCAGUAAAAUCUAUACUCUUCCCCUUAAUCGUUAUGGAUUCUGAUAACAAGCUCCUCAAUAUGGGUGUCCUCAUCGUGGCCACUCUAAUAGUGGCCAAGCUUAUCUCAACCUUCAUUAUGCCUAGAUCUAAAAAACGUCUGCCCCCAGUUGUGAGCGGUUGGCCACUGGUUGGAGGGUUAAUCCGCUUCUUGAAAGGCCCGAUUGUAAUGCUUCGUGAAGAGUACCCAAAGCUUGGCAGUGUUUUCACUGUGAACCUUGCUCAUUGGAAGAUUACCUUCUUGAUUGGGCCUGAGGUGUCAGCUCACUUCUUCAAGGCCCCAGAGGCAGACCUCAGCCAGCAGGAGGUAUAUCAGUUCAAUGUGCCUACCUUUGGCCCAGGUGUUGUGUUUGAUGUCGAUUACACUGUGCGACAAGAGCAGUUCCGCUUCUUUACAGAGUCUCUGAGGGUCAACAAACUCAAAGGCUAUGUCGAUCAGAUGGUCAUGGAAGCAGAGGAUUAUUUCUCAAAGUGGGGUGACACUGGUGAAGUUGAUCUAAAGUAUGAGCUUGAACAUCUGAUUAUAUUGACUGCCAGUAGAUGUCUUUUGGGUCGAGAAGUUCGUGAUAAGCUUUUUGAUGAUGUAUCUGCUCUAUUCCAUGAUCUGGACAAUGGAAUGCUUCCUAUCAGUGUCUUGUUCCCGUACCUGCCCAUUCCAGCUCACCGUAGACGUGACAGGGCACGCAAGAGGCUUGCAGAAAUCUUUGCAAACAUUAUAGCUUCUCGUAAACUUGCUGCAAAAUCAGAGAAUGACAUGUUGCAGUGCUUCAUAGACUCAAAAUACAAAGAUGGUCGCUCAACAAGUGAAUCUGAGAUUACAGGCUUGCUCAUUGCUGCUCUCUUUGCUGGGCAGCAUACCAGUUCCAUCACCUCCACUUGGACUGGGGCAUACCUCCUCCGCUACAAGGAGUACUUAUCUGCUGUACUGGAGGAGCAAAAAACCCUCAUGAGAAAGCAUGGGAAUAAGGUUGAUCAUGAUGUUCUGUCUGAGAUGGAUGUCCUGUAUCGGAGCAUUAAGGAAGCCCUAAGGCUCCAUCCUCCGCUUAUAAUGCUACUACGCAGCUCUCACAGUGAUUUUACUGUGACAACCCGAGAGGGAAAAGAAUAUGACAUCCCAAAGGGUCACAUAGUUGCAACAUCUCCAGCAUUUGCAAAUCGGCUUUCUCAUGUUUACAAAGAUCCAGACAGAUACGAUCCUGACAGAUUUGCGGUUGGGAGGGAAGAAGACAAAGUGGCAGGGGCAUUUUCAUAUAUUUCUUUUGGAGGUGGCAGGCACGGCUGUCUUGGUGAACCAUUUGCAUAUUUGCAGAUAAAAGCCAUAUGGAGCCAUUUGCUGAGGAAUUUUGAAUUGGAGCUGGUGUCUCCUUUUCCUGAGAUUGACUGGAAUGCAAUGGUCGUGGGGGUGAAAGGAAAGGUAAUGGUGCGCUACAAGCGCAGGAAGCUUUCAGUUGACUAGCAAGAAUAAUAGCAGUAUUGAUGUGUUGCAGAUUUGACUUGUUCCUGUCUUUUUUUCUCCAUGUUUCUAGGGGGCGCUAUUGCCCUUAACUGGAUUGUGGCCUUUUUGGUUUCCAUAAAGUUUUUGAUUGAUGUAGUUUGUGACACUUAGGUUUUGCUUUAAUUGUGAGGAUUAAUGCUUUUGCCUC